ACGAGGUUGCCUUUGUACCUUCUGUAGAAACAGAAGAGGACGUCCCCAUCUCCUGCCUGCUCAGGGAGCAGAAAGGCCUGGGUGACCUUGACUGAGUACAUUGCCCUUUGGCAGCUCCCAGGACCUGUGUGCCCCAUAGCUUGCACCAUCCUGAAGGCAGCAAUUAAGAAAUGGACCCUCCAGGUCCCACCUCUUCCCAGCCCUGCCUUAUAAGACCCCAGCAACCCUGCAUCCGCAGCCAUAGCAGGAGACAGGAGCCAGCGUUCCUUGGGGUUCAGGGACUCUGGGCAGCACAGAAGGGGCCUGAGAGCCACCCGCUUCCCUGCCGAGUGACCACGCAUGCCACACAGCUGAGGACAGACCUGAGCCAGGAAUCAGGGCUUUCUAGGGGCUUCUGGCUUCUCUCCAGCUGCAAGCCAACACCGGGAGGAUUGACUGGGGACCUGGAGUCCAAGGCCAUGCACUCUGCCACGCAGACUCCCAUGCCCGGGGCUGGUGGAGCUGGAGGAUCCUGUCUCAGGGAGGCUGGCAUUCUACCUACAUCAUCUCUAUUCCUGCAACAGCCCUGCAAGGUGGCAGCUCCAGUGGGGACGUGGACCCAUUCUACUACGACUAUGAAUCCGUUCGCAACGGGGGCUUGAUCUUCGCUGCCCUGGCCUUCAUCGUGGG